GUCAUCAGUCGCUGAUGUGCUAAGCUCGUUAUUACCAACUCUCUCGUCGUCUAUUUCAAGGGUCUUGCACAUUUCUCAAGAGUUAUGGAAUGUUUUGUAGAUUCGAUAGUCGGCUAACUUGAAUGAUAACUAAGUCAAUUGUUUACAGCAUCUUCACCUCUCUCACACUCGUUUGUUCUAUUCCGAGGUUUUAUGAAUAGAUACAUACCUCUAUUGUACUACAGGUAUCAUGGCGCGUGUUAAGCAGGCUAAACCUGCCGAGAGACAGCCUUCGUCAGAGUAUAUCUCGCAUCAGAAUUCGACACCAAAGAAGGAUAACGGCGAUGUAGCGGUGCGGUCUAAUGGCAAUGCUAGUAAAGCAGCACCCGCGCUGGCAUCGUCGAAGAAGGACGCGGGCGUAGCGCAGUUGGUGGUUGCUGUUGCUGGUAUCUACGGGUCCUUCCUCACCUGGGCUUACCUCCAAGAGAAACUCACGACGACGCCCCACGGCGCACCUGGCGCGACCGAGGUGUUCAAGUACCCGGUGUUCCUGAACACGAUCCAGUCGCUCUUCGCCGCGACGACGGGAGCCAUCUACCUCUACGCCAGCACGCCGCGCGGACACGCCAUCCCGCCCAUCAUCCCCUCGCGCCGCAUCCUCGGGCCCCUCCUCCUCGUCGCGCUCACCAGCUCCCUCGCCAGCCCCUUCGGGUACGCGAGCCUCGCGCACAUCGACUACAUCACCUUCCUGCUCGCCAAGAGCUGCAAGCUGCUCCCGGUCAUGCUCCUCCACGUCACCGUCUUCCGCCGCCGGUACCCGCUGUACAAGUACCUAGUCGUAGCCGCCGUCACGGCCGGCGUUGCGGUUUUCACGCUGCACUCGGGCAAGAGCCAUAAGAAAAGCAGCGCCGACGGGCUGCUGGGAGGGAAUAGCGCUUGGGGGCUGUUGCUGCUGGGCAUUAAUCUCCUCUUCGACGGCCUUACGAAUAGCACCCAGGACUACAUCUUCGGCGCCUUCCAGCCCUAUUCCGGGCCCCAGAUGAUGUGUGCGAAUAACUUGAUGAGCACGGCUGUUACUGCUGCGUACUUGGUCCUGAGCCCGUGGCUUGCGCGGACUGGGGCCGGCGAGUGGCUCGGCGUGGAUGUUGCGGGUGGUGCGGGCGAGCUUGAGGCUGCGCUGGGGUUCAUGGCGCGGCACCCGGGUGUCUGGGCUGAUGUGUUGGGUUUCGCGGCGUGCGGUGCCGUCGGGCAGGUUUUCAUCUUCUACACGCUCUCCACCUUCUCCUCAGUCCUCCUAGUCACAGUAACAGUCACGCGCAAAAUGUUCACCAUGAUCCUAUCGGUCGUCGCCUUCGGCCACCGCCUCACGCGCAUGCAAGUCCUCGGCGUCGGGCUCGUCUUCGGCGGCAUCGGCGUCGAGGCUGCGAUCGCCCGCCAGGAGAAACUAGCCAAGGAGGCGGCGAAGCGGAGGGCGGUUGAGGAGAGCGGGAAGAAGAAAGGGCAAUGAUUUGUUCCAAUAUCCGCAUUCUCUUUUGCGAUUGCCCGAUCUCCCCGCUUUUUGUUGUAUUUGGUGUUCUCUGUUCUUUGUUUCGGCAUAGCUGGUCA